AGAAUAAAAAGGAAAGGGAUAUAACCAGGUAGAGGACCAAGAGAAAAUUGAUGGGAUGAUAUUCAUGUGCAAUGCUAAGACCAAAUCAGAUUGUUUCAGCUACAUGGUCAUGGGUCUUCCACACGGCAAGAGAGAUACUGUGGUUAAGAUCAAGCCUGGUUUCAAGCUCUUCCUCUAUGAUUUUGAUGCGAAGCUUUUAUAUGGGAUUUAUGAAGCAACAUCAGCAGGAGGAGUAAAACUUGAGCCAGCUGCCUUUGGUGGGUCCUAUCCUGCACAGGUUCGUUUCAAGGUUCACAUGGAAUGUGUGCCUAUUUCAGAGGUAACCUUCAAGAAGGCAAUCAUGGGCAAUUCUGGUGGCGAUAAGAUUAAGUUUGACUCAGAACUCACCACCAAGCAAGUGAAAAAACUUACCAGCUUAUUUCAACCUUCUCAUAUUAAUUCUCAAUCAGUUCCUGCUCCUCUCAUUCCACUUAGACCUUUAAUACCAACAGCAGAAGCACCGCCACAUUCAGAUAUAUUAGCAAGAGGUCAAAUAGAAACACUUGAUCCUCUUUGUUUCACUGUGGAAGAGUAUAGGAUGUUUGGCCUUCGAAGACCUAUAAUAAUAGCACCAACAUCAAUGCCAAUUCCAGCUGAGGUUUCAGAUCAUUCCCAGGCAAAUAGGGAUACUUAUGAUCGAUACGCUCCUCUUACGAAAGCUCCAUAUCUAAGCAAAUUGGAUGAAAGUGAGUAUAAAAGGCCAGUAGCUGAAGAAGCCGCAACUCAACCAAAUUACUAUCAUAGUUACUCAUAUGGUGAACUAAGGAAUGAGGCUGAGGCCAGUAAAUUGCAUUCAACACACGCAGCAAAUGCGCUUUCGGAAUACAACAGGAGUCAUCAGCAAUCUCAUGAAAGAGGAGAUUAUGGAUCUUUGUCAGUUUCAUCCCGGUACUCUUUUGGUGGUCCUUCAUUCUGGUAUCGAUGAAAGUUGAUGUUUUGAUGUUAGAUCUUGUUUUUUAUAUGGUGCACUUGUUGUAUUAGAUUAGACCGGUUUAUGCCAAGCAUCUCCUAAUGGUUACCCUUGAAAUUUCUUAAUUAUUAUGUUUUGGGCUUGUAUCAAGAGUGAAUUUUAAUGUGUCAACUGUGAACGUCUGAUGAUACUGUUGUCAGUUGCUCUGGAAAAUUUAAAGGUCUAGAGAAAAAUUAUUGCAACUUAUGA